GCGCUGCGCUAUGGCGGCCGGGCCGGGAGCUGCCGCCGUGCCCGCUGCGCGCCGGCCGCGCUGAGCCGAGCCGCUCCGUCCUGGGACGCCAUGGGCGCGUUGUUCCGCGGGGAGCCGAUGUGCCUGGCGCAGCUCUUCCUGCAGAGCGGCUCGGCGUACGAGUGCCUGAGCGAGGUGGGGGAGCGCGGCCUGGCCGAGUUCCGAGAUCUGAACCCAAAUGUAAGCGUGUUCCAAAGAAAAUUUGUGAAUGAAGUGAAGAAAUGUGAAGAAAUGGAAAGAAUUCUUGGCUAUUUAGUACAAGAAAUUAAAAAGGCGGAUAUUCCUCUUCCUGAGGGAGAUGUUGCUCCUCCUGCCCCCUUGCUGAAACACAUUUUAGAAAUCCAGGAACAGUUGCAGAAGCUGGAGACAGAAUUGAGAGAAGUAAAUAAAAACAAGGAGAAGCUGAGGAAAAACUUGAUUGAACUCACGGAGUACACGUACAUGUUGGAUGUCACACAGACGUUUGUCAGGAGAACAGCUGAGUAUGAGUCCCACUUACAUAUAAAUUACGAAGAAUUUCCAUCUGUGGAAAACGAGCCAUUUGCAGAUUACAACUGUAUGCACAGACUGGGUGCCAAGCUAGGCUUUAUAUCUGGGUUGGUUCACCGAGCAAAAGUUGAAGCAUUUGAAAAAAUGCUGUGGAGAGCUUGUAAAGGAUACACUAUUCUGACGUAUGCGGAGCUGGAUGAAUGUCUGGAAGAUCCAGAUACUGGUGAAACCACAAAAUGGUUUGUGUUUUUAGUGUCCUAUUGGGGUGAACAAAUUGGCCAGAAAGUUAAGAAGAUUUGUGACUGUUACCGCUGUCACGUGUACCCCUACCCCAGUACUGUGGAUGAGCGCCUGGCGGUUGUUGAAGGGCUGAGCGUUCGUAUUCAGGAUCUUCGUACAGUUCUGCAUAAAACUGAGGAUUACUUACGCCAAGUUCUGUGUAAAGCAUCUGAAUCCAUCUAUACUUGGGUUAUCCAAGUAAAGAAGAUGAAAGCCAUUUAUCACGUACUCAACCUGUGCAGCUUUGAUGUCACAAACAAAUGUUUGAUUGCUGAGGUUUGGUGUCCAGUGGCUGAUCUGCAGAACUUGCGCCAUGCGUUGGAGGAAGGUUCUAGGAAGAGUGGAGCCACGAUUUCUUCCUUCAUGAAUACCAUUCCAACAACGCAACCUCCUCCAACUCUGAUACGUACCAAUAAAUUCACCUCAGGGUUCCAGAAUAUUGUUGAUGCUUAUGGAGUUGGAAACUAUGGGGAAGUGAAUCCAGCUCUCUAUACCAUCAUCACUUUUCCCUUCUUGUUUGCUGUUAUGUUUGGAGACUUUGGGCAUGGUCUGCUAAUGUUCAUCUUUGCACUCCUGACAAUACUGUAUGAAAACCAUCCUAGAUUACGAAGAUCACAGGAUGAGAUAAUAAAAAUGCUAUUUGAUGGCCGAUACGUCAUUCUAUUGAUGAGUUUGUUUUCUAUAUACACUGGUCUGAUUUACAAUGAUUGUUUUUCGAAGUCAUUAAAUAUAUUUGGUUCCGGGUGGAAUGUUUCAGCAAUGUUUGAACAGAACGUUUGGCGUCUUGAGGAUCUGAAGUCUCAUCAGCUUUUAAUGCUGGAUCCAAAUGUUACUGGUGUGUACAAUGGAGCUUAUCCCUUUGGAAUUGAUCCGAUUUGGAAUUUGGCAAGCAACCGUCUCAGUUUUUUAAAUUCUUUCAAGAUGAAAAUGUCUGUGAUUCUUGGAGUGGUUCACAUGACAUUUGGAGUUGUGUUGGGAGUAUUUAACCACUUACAUUUCAAGAAGAAGUACAAUAUUUAUUUGGUUUUUCUUCCUGAACUUUUGUUCAUGAUGUGCAUCUUUGGCUACCUUGUGUUCAUGAUUUUCUUUAAGUGGUUAGCAUACUCUGCAGAGGACUCCACAACUGCUCCAAGCAUUCUGAUUCAAUUCAUUAACAUGUUCCUGUUCCCUGGUGGUGAAGCAGAUGUCUUUUAUACCGGACAGGUUGGUCUACAGAGAUUUUUACUGUGUGUUGCUUUUCUUUCUGUUCCUGUAAUGCUUUUUGGAAAACCACUUUAUUUAUAUUGGUUGCACAGUGGAAGUCGAGGCAUUAGAACAUACAGGCGUGGCUACAAGCUAGUUCGGAAAGAAAGUGAAGAAGAGCUUUCUCUGCUGCAGCCUCAUGAUGUGGAGGAAGGAAGCAGUCAUUCAGAUAGUGGGCACGUAGAAGAGGAUGGAGAGGAGUUUAAUUUUGCAGAUGUUUUUAUGAAUCAAGCCAUUCAUACCAUUGAGUACUGUCUAGGAUGUAUUUCUAAUACAGCCUCGUAUCUGAGACUCUGGGCAUUAAGUCUUGCACAUGCACAAUUGUCAGAAGUUCUGUGGCAAAUGGUGAUGAGAGUGGGUCUUCGUGUGGACACAACCUAUGGUGUCUUACUGCUAGUCCCUGUUCUAGCCUUUUUUGCUGCACUAACAGUUUUUAUUCUUUUGGUCAUGGAGGGGCUUUCUGCUUUUCUCCAUGCUAUACGACUUCACUGGGUGGAAUUUCAGUACAAAUUCUAUACCGGUGGAGGCUACAAGUUUACGCCUUUCUCUUUUCAGCACAUUUCUUUACAUUUUAAUAAAGAUGAUAUAGCAUAGCUCGGUUGCUCUCAGCAAAGUGUUUGGGAUUCUCUGUUCUUGUAGGACAAAGUGUUUCUUACCCAUUGCCUUAUACCACAGCCAAAAACUGUCAUAUAUACCUCUCACGGAAAUACACAGCAGAUCUGGAGCUUAGAAACUAUA